GGAAGGCCAUUUGCUCUUCUGCCGGGCGAGGAGCUAGUCGUUUUGGAGCGCAGCCUCUGGGUUGCAAGGAUCAAUGGAAAUUCGUUCGUGGUGAAACAGUGCGUUUAUGUGUGUGUGUGCGUGUGCAGACAUCAAACAUCACAUUUACAACCUGUGACGCGGCUCGUGUUGUGGUCAGUUCUUUUGGUUUUAAUUGUUGUCAGUUGCAAUGGGAGGUAGCAGGGGUUUGGUGCUGCUUGUGUUAGUGUACAGUUGUGGUGUGGUGUUCAGUGGACGGACUUCAAGUGUGAAUACUUCUUGCACUGCCGUCAAACCUAUUCUCGAGAUGAAGAAUUUGUCCCUUGACAUCCCGGAUCAGCCAGUCAACGGGUCAGCGCAGAGUGUUUGCGAGUCGGCGCAGAGCUGCUGCACUCUGGAGAUGGAGACGAAACUACGACUGAUCGUCCGCAAAGACUUCCAGGCGCUGCUUCACCACAACUCCCGGUCCCUGGAGGGCCUCCUCGCUUCCACCGCGGCCAAGUUGCAAGAUCACGUGGCAGAGCUAGCAAGACAAUCAGAAAACAAAACAAUGACGCUAUUUAGUCAGGUGUACCAACGUAUGGCCAUACUCGCAAGAGAACCAAUCGCGUCCUUGUAUUCCGACCUGAUUGGUUACCUGAACGCCGACAAGGAGAGCGGUCAUGACAGGGAACCAGACGCAGAACAGCCAUCCGCAGUAGCCACUUCGUCUCCUUCCGUUACCCUCGUGACGGCAGAUUUAAACCUCGAGGAAUCUGUGACGUCGUUCUUCACCAGUCUGUUUCCUCUGGUGUAUCACCACGCCGUGAACCCACAUCUGCGCGAUUUUUCCAACGAUUAUAAAUCGUGCCUGAGAGCCACCAUGUCGGAGAUCCAGCCCUUCGGCGACGUACCGCGACAAGCAGCUCAGGGGAUUAGCAAGACGAUGGAGGCCACCAGAGUCCUGUUGCAGGCGCUGAACCUGGGCGCCGAGGUUCUCAACAACACGGACACGUUGCUGAUGACAGACUCCAUCGAUGCCAGAGGCGCCCAGUGGAGCGAGUGUCACACGGCCCUCCUGCGCAUGUCGUACUGCCCCAUGUGUCAGGGGCUGACGCGUCCGGGGUUGAAACCCUGCUCGGGAUACUGCCUCAACGUGUUGAGGGGAUGUCUCACGCAACACGCCUCCGAACUUGACCUCCCCUGGAAUGGAUUUGUUGAAGCUACCGAGCGACUGGUGGUUGCGGUCAGGGGUCACGACCCAGCUCCUACAGUUGUGCUCAACGUCGAGGAGGUCAUACGAUCUCUAGACACCAGAAUUUCCGAAGCAAUAAUGUACGCCAUGGAGAACGGGCCGAGCCUGGAGAGGAAGGUGAAGAGGGCGUGCGGGCAGGCACGCUGGGCCGACGAGGACGAGCACGACGCCGAUACGCCUUCUGGCCGUCACCACGUGACCAGCGACGGCGUCACUGACGGGCGAAUAUCUUCAGGUCCAGGCCUCGGGGCGAAGGACAGCUUGGCCACACAGCUGCACCACUUCUUGGCCAGCCUCACCAAGAGUCGCGGUUUCUACGCCAACCUGGCGGAGUCGCUCUGUUCUGACGAGAGUUUCGCCGAGACGAGGGACACGGCCGACUGCUGGAACGGACAACGCAUCGGCGAGUAUACGAAGACGGUGGUUGCAGCCACUGUGAACGCGCAGAAGUACAACCCUGAGUUGAUCUGGACCCAAAGAAGUCCCGAUCCCAGGAUCGCUCAGCUCAGUGACAAACUCAGGCAUAUCAGACAGGUGGUGCUGAGUCAGCUGACGUUGGCACCGGAGUCAGAUUCGUACCUUCAGGAUGAGGAGGGAAGCGGAAGUGGACAUCCACCAGUGUCGCAGUGGAUCGAUGAUGGGGAACCAGAAGACCCCAACUGGCCUUAUGAAGGAUCAGCAUCAGGAGAUAAUCCAUUACCACCAGGAGGAGAUGAGAAAAAGCCAAAGUCAGGAUCUUACGACCCAUCAGUUAACGGCAACAGUAUUCUCGGUGGCUCCGCACCGCCUACUCAUGCUGCCGCCACAAAACCCACCAGACACUCGUGCGCUGUGCUCGUCACAGCUGUGCUCUGCAGGAUCAGUCUUGUAUUACUGAACGGAUAAAGCUGUCGCCUCCAUCAGGCGCCUACCACGUUUUGUACUCACGAGGAGAAGGAAAAGAAGAAUAAGAAGCUGAAGGAAAGGCUUAUAACGUAUAAAGCGUUAAAAAUAAAAUUGUAACAGAAAUUAAAUAUCUAUUAUUAUAAUUUAAAAAAAUUUAAGUCGUGGCAGAUUGGUUCAGUUCUAGUUCAUCUCUUCAUUAACCUAUUGGACAGGAAGGAGUUCAUGCAAUCAGAUGUUUAGGUCGAGUGCGAGUGAAGUGAAUGGAAGGGCGAGAUGCACGUGUUUUAAUUUUGUGGCCUGAUCAUCAAAAUGUUUGGCCAGGCUCAGUAGUUUGCAUAUGCUCCGAGGUGACACUUUCGUGGAGGUCGUAGCGGAGUUAUCUUUCGAGAAGGUGUCGCGCACUCACGAGACGUUAUUUCUUCCGUUCUUCUUGCGAGAGUAUAAAGAAACGAGCAUCUGUAUGGCUGUGAAGGAUCUGUACACAGUUGCUGUUUUGACAGCUGCUGUAGAACAAACAUUUUGUUCUGAUUUGUAGACGAGCGUGAUGCCUUUCAAAGAUAACUCGCGUCAAUAAAAUUCUUAAUGUUACUGUAUCUUAGUUUUUUUUGUUACGAUACAGCAACAUAAUUUUGAAUGUUUCUUUUAAGAAGGAUUCAGUUGCUUCAUUCAUUGGCUGACGAAAUAUGGUUUCCGCUUAUUUGCUGUGAAUUUAUAAAAUAGUCUGUGGGUAGAAAGAAACAUUGGGGUUUUUUCUCCAUUUCACCAUUGUGUAAUGCUUCCUCAUGUUUGAAACACGUAACAUGAGUUUGCAGAGCAAGAUGGGGUGUUCCUAAUAAAUUUCUUUUUGCAGUGUACUGGAAUGGUCCCUGCUGUGUCAUUCAUCGUGGAUGAAACAGUUUGCGUCAGUGACCAGCUCCAUUCCGGGCCUUCGCGCUAAUUUACGUCCUAUAAAGGCUCGACUUUCUUGACAGAUUCUUUCGCGUCUCGCACGGCUUCCUGAGGAACAUUGGCUUUACUCUGAUGAUGCUCGGUAUAAAGAAUUUUACUUUAGUAAAUAUCUCAAAUACAGGAAUUAACAGAAAUAAUUUUUUUAUCUUGUAGUCUGAGGCAGGUAAAUUUAAUUGGGGUUGGCACAACAAAAACAUUGUUUUUUAAGUUGUACAUGAAUCAGAAAACAGAAGGAAGUCACUUUUUUUUAAAAAAAAAUAACAUUAUAGAUUGCUGUCUUCUGGGUUAUUGCCCCAUGUAUUCUGGUAAUCUACCAGAAAGUGAAGUUUCCGUAGUGUUUUUCGUAUACCAGUAUGCCUUAAAACAUCGACACGGGCAAUAGUACGACGUUGAAAGCGGUGCCAUUCACCUCAACAUCAAUCCUCCUGUCGAUGCAACAGACACGAGCACUGACGUCACGUUACUUCUGUAAUUAAACUUUUUUAUUCUGUUUCUGAAUAAAUUUUAAAAUCUUUUUCGUAAUUUCGAUAGCUCAGUAAUAUGGACUGAAAGACCAGGGUUUUGAAUCCUGACAGGAGCAUAUUCUUCUCUUUGCCAUGUCCAGACCAGCUCUAGGACCCGCAAGGCACUUUCCUCGUAGGGUGGGAGGGUACGUGGAGCGUGAAGCUGACCACAACCCGCAGUCGCAGUCAUAUGUUGUCAGUGUGCCAAACAAACAGCACGAACUACAGAAAUAUCAGUCCUGUUCGGUUUUUGUUAAAUUACGAUGGUCACCUGAAAGUAAAUUGCAACUCUGAUAAGGGAGUGGCCAAAUAAUGGGUGAUGACAUGAUUUUUAGCGGGCUUAUUUUGUUAUCAAAAUCAUCGGUGUUCAGUUUUACUUCAGCAUUCCCAACACGCGUUGAAGGCGUCUUAAUGAAUUUUUAAGAAAGUUUCACAAGUCUUGAAUAAUAGCGCACAAAACAUAAUUUUGUCAAUUAGUGCGGUGAUAAUGAGAUUAAUAAUGACGAUUUCUUGAGGCUUGAUCCGUAUAAAAUGAUUUUUUGCUCAGAUUUUCAUAAAGGUCCCUGGUUUAUUUUUAAUACUACCGCUAACUAGGCCGAAGAGUGAGUCGUGGAUUCAGGACUUGACUCCGCAGUGUGCAGCGCGGCAAAGAGAAAAGUACUUUUAUUGAGGUUUGAUAUUAAAAUGAUGUGUAGGUCAUGGUAUUAUCUGUUGAUUUCCAAUGUUUUUAUUGUGUGGUUAGUGAUAUUUCAGUAAAUGCCAGUGGUCCCAAGAAGUGUUACUACUAAGUGAAGACAGGUAUUUUUGCAGCCAUUCUGUUUCUAAGAUUAACUGCUGCUUAGUUAAUGAAAUAAAAAUAAUAUUGAAAUUUGUGUAAUCAUUUCCUCACAUAUAACACGCAGAAUGGUAUUUUUGUGACCUGUCUGUAAUUCCAUAUUGCUUAUUGAUUUCUCAGACCGUACAUCAUUUUAUCGCCAAAUUAGAUGCUACAGUCUUUCAUUACGUAACCUGCCUUCACUGUACAGUUCGUUUAGGAAGCACCAAGACCGUCAGCUACUGUAGUACUGAGUGAGCCUUCAUAAUAAUAUUUGGGUCAGAUAACUUUCAUUUGAAACGUGUUGACACGGCAACGCCAAAAAUCAUUCUUCAGAAUCUCUCCUGGUUUCCCUUCCGUCUGUUUAUAUUAAUUUAGAAUUUUUGUUAAAGUAGAGAGUGAAACGUCUGUGAUUAAUUUUUUUUUUUUGUAGUGAGAGUUGGAGACGAGGAAGUUAGAAUGGUGAAGUGUUGAAAGAGUGGCAGCAUUGUGUGUGUUUUAUUUAUGUUAUAUCUCACUGCUUUUACCCAUAUAAGUGCUUGCAAGACCUUCAUUAUUCUGGUAUAGGAAAUGCCAUGGUAGUUAAAUUAAUAUAAAGUAUUUAAAGAAAUAAUAUAAAAUGUUAUAUUUUAUGAGAGGAAAAGGAUAAAGUAACUCGCUCAUAUGCGCUAACAACAAAUUGAAUACAUUGAUCAUAUUAUCAGCAAGAGAAACAAUGUAUAUGUUUGUUUUCUUAUACCCCACACCAAAUACCUUGACGAUAAAAUAAUAGCGACUAUAUUAAAUACAAUCUCAGAAAAUAAUUUUAUAGUACAGGAAAAGAAAAUAAUAUGUAAAGAUCUGCGAAGUGUGUUGUUGAAAUCUUUCGGGCCUGUGAUAACUAAGGAGGUAAGAGAGACAAUCGAGGGAAAUGUAAAUUAGGCAAUAUAUUACGUGUUUGUUAUUGUGCCAUAUAUGGUAUAAUUAGAAGAAUGCCAACAAUAAUUACUCAGUUAUUAUAUCAUUUAUAUGUGAUAAUAAUUUACAAUCUACAAGGAAUUAAUUUCAUUUUGUAAGUAUGGGUGUGUACAUUUAUGUAAUGUGACAUUUUCUUUGGCUGCAUCUCCAUUUUAAAGUUAAGGAUACUGAAGUUAUUAUUCGUGUAAAAAUUGACUAUUCAAGUUGUGAUGUUCCUUGUUUUUUAAAACUUAUAAGGUGUUACUAAAGAUGUGUAUAAUUGUUCCAAUCUCUAGUAGAGAUUAGGAUACAUGGCCAAACACUUGUAACUUAAAGUAAUAGAAAACAAAUUUAAGUAUCGUUAAAAAUGUUCAUUGUAAAAUAAUGUUCUUUCUUUCAUUAUAUGGAAUAAUAGUCAUGGUUACAAAUGGUUUGAAAUUUAAUGUGCAGUUUUAACUGUGUUUAUGUUUCUGAGUGUUUCUUGUUCAACCACGAACAAGAAGGAUUUUCUGUUUCUUAAAAAUAAUGGCUCUGUGUAUGUAUUAUAGCAUUAAUGAUUGCCAUAGACUUUAAUAUUAACCCUUAUGCCUCAUGAAGACAGGGGCUAAUGGCCAACGUUGUCUGUGCACAGCUGUUUCUUACUGCCGUGUUCUUUGGGUGGCUUAGCUGGUGUUAUAGUAACGACAGUGAAUAUCUGUAAUGCAGCUCAAUUUUAAUCUUCUCUUCUGACAUCCGUAGACUUCCUCCUUUGCUAUUUAUGCAUUCACAAUCAGUGGUUUUAAUAUGGGUAUUAGCUGCCUCGAAACAGAAGGAACGGUCUGUAAUGCUCACAAUAUAGAAGCAAGGGAAGCCACUAAAAUCCUGCAGCAUUAAUCUAUGUUAUUCUAUUGCUAGUGUUUUGUUUCUCAUUUUUCAAAUUCACCAUAGGCAAAGGGUUAAAAAAAAACUAUAUUAUUAUAAAAUGGCUUCCAAAUGUUUUGCUUCAUUUAUAUGCUCUGAAGAAGAUUACUAGUCUUUAGCAUUAAUUAAUAAAUGAUGUUAAUGAAGACAG